AUGUCAUUGAAAGUGCAGACGAGCAACAUCACGAACAAGAACGACCCCAAAUCCAUCAACUCCAGAGUCUUCAUUGGCAAUCUCAACACAGCUGUGGUCAAGAAGUCCGAUGUGGAGACCAUCUUCUCCAAGUACGGGCGGGUGGUGGGCUGCUCUGUGCACAAGGGCUAUGCCUUCGUACAGUACUCCAAUGAGAGGCAUGCGCGUGCCGCCGUGCUGGGCGAGAACGGCAGGGUCCUGGCUGGCCAGACUCUGGAUAUCAACAUGGCUGGAGAACCCAAACCCAACAGACCGAAAGGGCUGAAGAGAGCAGCCUCUGCCUUGUACAGUGGCUACGACUUCGACUACGACUAUUACAGAGACGACUUCUAUGACAGGCUCUUCGAGUACCGGGGCCGAGUCUCUCCAGUGCCCAGGGUAGUCCCUGUGAAGAGGCCACGGGUCACCAUCCCCUUGGUGCGGCGUGUGAAGGCCACACUGCCCGUCAAGCUCUUCGCCAGGUCUGCAGCCAUCGCCAACAGCUCGGCCAAGCUCAAGUUGAAGAGCAGUGAGCUGCAAACAAUCAAAACUGAGCUGACACAGAUCAAAUCCAACAUUGAUGCUCUCCUGGGCCGGCUGGAGCAGAUUGCUGAGGAACAGAAACUCUCUGCAGAGGUAAGGAAGAAGGCAGAGAGCAGCAAAAGUGAAGUGUCUCAGGAGGACACAGCGUCAGAGGCAGAGGCCAACACGGAGGAGCCGCUGAACGGGGAUGAGGGCGAGGAGGGUCUCACACGGGAGGACUGUGAAGAUGAACUGGAGAACAGCCAUUACACAGAUGUGGAGGAUGCCAGACUACAGUAA